AUGGCGGCCAGAAAGGACAUGCGAAGAGGUGAUCUCAUUAUUCCCUAUCAAGCUCCAGCUGCAAAAGAAUCUCCCAGCGAUUUUGGUGGCACAUUAGGUAGCACUCUGCCGAUGGCAGCAAUGUUCACUCGCAACAAGCUCAUCGGAUGGGCUUCGGUUCUUUUCGCCAUUCAAAAUUGGUUAGGCGAAUCUCCAGAGACGAGAAAGACCUCCUCCCAACCGGCAUACUUCUCAGUGGGAAUGUCACUGAUGGCUCUUGUUAUUACUUAUCUUCCGAUGUUUCUCCCUCCACCUCCCGCUGCUCCAGUAGCCCAAUCAGCAUAA